AUGGCUACUGGCAUGAAGAGAAAGAGGGAGGAUCCGCCUAGUGUGACACCCAGAUUAGUAAUCGGCAUUGACUUAGGGACUACAUUCUCUGGUGUGUCCUGGCUGGUUUGCCAGCCUGGUUCCGGAAUCUCCAGUAUCCAACCCGAAAUCGUUUCUUUAUGGCCCACCUCCCCCGACAAUCGCCGGAAGAAUUCAGAUUGCCCGAAGGUGCCAACCAAGAUUCAUUAUGGCAAGCACGGUGAAAUUUCGUGGGGCUUCAAAAUUCCUGCCGACGCUGAAGCUAUCGAAUGCCUUGGCCUAGUGUUAUUCGACGAUGAAUGUCUGCCAAGCUUCUUCCAGCAGUCGAUACACAUUCAGAAGGCCAAGAAACUAUUAUAUAAGCUCGAGAAAACCGGUAUCCAGGUUAUAGGCGAUUAUUUAAAGAUGUUGUGGGAUCACAGCUUGGAACAGAUACGCAAUGAAGUGGGAAGCACCCAUGUAGAUAGAAUGACAUUCGAAGUUGUUCUAGUCGUUCCACCAGGCCGGCCUGGUGAUAUCAAUCGCAUACGUGAAGCGGCGGAACAUGCAGGGAUACUCAAUCAUCGCACUACCGGCGAGACCACGCUUACUCUCAUUCCCCAAAGUAGGGCUGCAGCCCUUGCGUACAUGCCUAAUUCCGAACACCGGGGUGAUUUGCAAGUUGGUGAUUCAUUUGUUGUCCUCAAUGCUGGCGGCAUAAUUGCAGGCGUUGCCAGCUACAAGGUCACCAAGCUAGAACCCUUCUCGAUAAGUGCUCCGUGCGGCGCCACUUCUCUUGACCAGGAGUUUGAAGCACUCUUGAAGCAUGCAACUGGGGAAGAAUCUUGGAAUAAAAUGAAUGCAUCUGAUAUUCGUAAAUUGAUGAACAACGAAUGGGAACACGAAAUUAAAGGAACAUUCAGCAAGUCGGAUGAAACCUAUGUAGUUGAAUUGCCAAGUCGUGCAAACUCCGAAGCCAUUCACCUUCAGUCGAUUGACCUUCAGCCGACUUUUGAUCACAUUGUUUCUCAGAUAGCUAAAUUGCUCCAUAAACAAAUCCUGAGUAUUAAGCGACAAACCUCACAACCGCCUAAACUCGUGAUACUUGUAGGCGGUUUUGGGAGAUCUGCAUACCUCCUACAAUACCUAAGGGGAAUCCUUCACAGCCAAACUUCUAUCUUGCAAGCCCGUGGAGAUAAACCCUGGACCGCAGCCUGCCGUGGUGCCACUUUGUCUCGCGUGACUCAAUUAAAUUGGGCCCGUCAAGAUAUAGAUAUUUUGCAGUCCGAGACUGCACGCUGUAGCUAUGGCUGGACAUCCGAUGAAGUUUUCGACGCGAAGGUUCACGAUAUGAAAGAUCGAGUUUGGAAUGAAGCAAAUAGAGAAUGGCAUGCACAAAAACAAAUUAAGUGGUUCAUCAGACAAGGAGAAGACAUUUCUCAGAAGAAAACUCUCAUAUUCAACCGAUGGCAUUCUUGGAAUAUGCAGACGCAGGGAUGGGGGACAUCUAUCAUCCAAGUAUUAGCCUGCGAUGACCCAAAUCCUCCUUCAAGGAAGCAAGGCAAUAUCCGAUGUCUUGGCCUGAUCCACGCUCGAACACCCAAGCCAGUGGAAAAGCUUCCGAGGGUGGAUGAUGGCCCUGCGUCAUAUCGCCAUUGGGAUUUCAAGGUAAAGGUGGUAAUUUCUCGUGCCUGGUUGGACUUCUUCUUGGUUUCGGAUGAAAAACAGGAAGAAAAGCUGCUGAUGACGCUCCCCAUGGGUUUGAAGUAAACUUUCUAAGGAC